UGGCCGGACGUGACGUGCGCGCCCCCGCGUCAGAGGUGCCGUGUAGCCGGAAGUCGGGACGUGGCCGGCGCUGUGUGAGGAGGAUGGCGGUGGUUAGCAGCGCAGAGCGGCUCGAGGUCUCCAUAGACGGCCUGACUCUGACACCGGACCCCGAGGAGCCAACCCGCCCCGCCGCCCGCCAGGAGGAACCCGAGGAGAAGGUGGAGGCCCUGAGCCUGGAGGAACGCUGGGGGUUCAGCCUGGAGGAGCUCUAUGGGCUGGCCCUCACAUUCUUUAAAGCGCUGGAGGAACGCUGGGGGUUCAGCCUGGAGGAGCUCUAUGGGCUGGCCCUCACAUUCUUUAAAGAAAAGGAUGGGAAAGCCUUCCACCCAACCUAUGAAGAGAAGCUGAAGUUGGUGGCUCUGCACAAGCAGGUCCUGCUGGGGCCUUACAACCCCGAUACCUGUCCUGAGGUUGGCUUCUUCGAUGUGCUGGGCAAUGACAGGAGGAGAGAAUGGGCGGCCUUGGGAAACUUGGAAAAACAAGAAGCCAUGACAGAGUUUGUAACAUUGCUAAAUAGAUGCUGUCACCUCUUUUCAACAUACGUCACUUCACAUAAGAUCGAAAGGGAGGAGCAGGAGCGGAGACGAAGGGAGGAAGAAGAGCGUAGGAGGCAAGAAGAAGAGGAGCGUCAGCGUUUGCAGAGAGAGGAGGAGAAACGUAAAAGAGAAGAGGAGGAGAGACUGCGGCGAGAAGAGGAGGAAAGGCUGCGAGUGGAAGAUGAGAGAUUUCGCAUGGAACAGCAAAAGCAGCAGAUAAUGGCGGCCUUGAAUUCACAGACAGCUGUACAGUUCCAGCAGUAUGCUGCUCAGCAGUAUCCGGGCAACUUCGAACAGCAACAAAUCCUUAUCCGACAGUUGCAGGAGCAGCACUAUCAACAGUACAUGCAGCAACUGUAUCAGGUGCAGCUAGCACAACAACAGGCGGCCUUACAGAAACAACAAGAAGCUGUGGUACAAGGAACUAAUUCUCCACAAAACUCUCCCUCCAAGAUAAAAGCAGGAAAUAUAUCCACACUCGGCGAGGCCCCUUCCGUUAAUGGUCAGAAUCACACCCACACCGAGAGCUCUGAUACAGAAGUGGGCACAGAUCCCCUGGACGAUAUUCUAGAUAAUGGGCCAAAAGAGUCUGCCCCAGUAAUAGCUGCUCCUUCCAUGUGGACACGGCCACAGAUAAAAGACUUCAAAGAGAAAAUCCGUCAGGAUGCAGACUCUGUGAUCACCGUGGGCAGAGGGGAGGUGGUCACAGUGCGAGUUCCCACCCAUGAAGAAGGCUCAUACCUGUUCUGGGAGUUUGCCACAGAUAGCUACGAUAUUGGGUUUGGGGUUUAUUUUGAAUGGACAGACUGCCCAAACACCUCAGUCAGUGUGCAUGUCAGCGAGUCGAGUGAGGAGGAAGAAGAGGAUGAAGAAAACCCAAGCAGCGAAGAAAAAGCCAAGAAGAAUACCAACAAGCCUCAGCUGGAUGAGAUUGUCCCGGUAUAUAGACGGGAUUGUCAUGAAGAAGUAUAUGCCGGCAGCCACCAGUAUCCCGGCCGGGGGGUCUACCUUCUCAAAUUUGAUAACUCCUACUCCUUAUGGAGGUCAAAAUCAGUCUACUAUAGAGUGUACUAUACUAGAUAAAGUGGGGGGAGGAGGAGGAUAGAGAGGGUGUGCAGGAACAGACGGAGUGAAUCUCACAUUUGCUGAAUCUUUUCUGUGCUGUCCCCCAGAUCCGGGGCUCCUUCUGGCUGCAACUGGCUUCCAGUGCUGCACUAUUUUAGCUGCAACUUAACCGUCACAGGCAGAUGUUAAGACUGUCACCAGAUUUAAUAUUUUCUUCUUAGCCCCUCUGACAGCGGAUGGUUCACAUGCAUCCAUCUUGGUUUGUUCUUGUUCUUUGGGGAUGAGGUUAAGAUGUUAGUGUAUUUUCUCCUCCUAUUUCUGAUGAUUCAUAUGUUCAUAUCACUUUCAAUGAGGCAAACAUGAUUUAAGUUGUAAAUUGAUAGUAUGCUGCUCCCCAAAGACACACCAAUUCGGGGUGGGGGAGUAAAAGGUAUUCUCAACAGGUCAAUGAGUGCCUCUGCCAUUUUUGUCAGAGCCUCAUACCAUGGGCAUGGAUACAGGUGCAUUGCGCUCAAACCAUACCACUUGUGAUCAUGCGAGAAUAAUCUGUGGGUCCUCACUAGUUAUGACAAUUUGAUGAAGAUGUCGUGUGUAUGUUUUCAUGUUGUCUGAAUGUACGACUCUCUAAUUCUGAAUGAUGAAUCUUUGUUACUCAUGAGCAACAUUCUGUCUGAAAGAAUAUCUGUAUUUUAUGUAAAUUAAAUCACUCUUUUACAAUGUAUAGCACGCAAAGCGUUAAAGGAAAACUCACUUCAGCUUGCUUUGUGUGAGGGUAUGCUCAUUUUAAUUGCCAUUUAUAAACAUGCUGAUUUCUAUUUGAAAUCGGCACUUUUAUAAAUAUUUACUGAAACACCUCCCGGGCUGUUAAUCGGAUGCUCUAACAGAAUGUACCUGACUUCUACUCCAGGUCACAGUGAGGCUGUGAAACGUCCCUGCAUCGUCCCUGGCUCGUAGCUCAAAAUUAGAGGCUUUAAAAAAAAAAAAAAAAAGGCUCACGAAGACUACAGACAAGAUCUGCAGCUUUUUCCAGACAUUUUAUAUAUCCAAUAAAAAAUAAAUUAUGUUCUAAAAAAAUGCAUGUUUAUACUGGGGCUAUAUCAACUCUAUAGGGAUACUGGAGGCAGUGGACUGUCCUGUUAAACACCAUUCAUGUGUCCAGGUACUCCUGUGAGGGUGUGUCUGUUUUAGGAUGACAGAUUAGGAAAAGGUCAAUUCUGUGUGUAAAAUAAUCUUUGGCACGGAGGCAGAUCUCAUUGCAAUGCAGAAAACCUUGUACCUGCUAAAAAAAAAAAAAAAAAAAUGCAGAGGACUUACACUGAUGUUAACAUUUCAUUGGACACUAAUGCAGUCGCAACUUAAACGAAGAGAGACUAAGUGAUGUGUAUUUCCUUUGACAAAUAAAUUGAGACUGUCUGUCUCCUUUUAGAGAUGUUCUCCUUUGAAAUGUGAACACCGUUUCUGAAAAGGCAGAACGUGAAUUUAUUUUCUACAAUUAGAAUUAAGAGAGAUGUUAUUAUUACGGACAUAAAUCUCCAACCUUGAUGGGUUUUAUUGCAUGCAUUACCUGUCUGGGGUGUUGGCAUAAAAAAACGAAAAAAAAAAACUCCAAAUUCUGAGACUUAACGACAGAUAAGGAUUGAGAAGUUACUGAUAUUAAGGAACUCAUGGUUCGAAGUACGCUUAUAUUAAUGUCUUCGCUCCUGAAAACAGGAGAUUGCGCCAAAAUCAACAGCAAAAUAAUUGUAUUAUUGGUUGUUGUUUUUUUUACCCACUAAUCUGAAAUGGGGUAGGGUACUGUAAUUUGAUAGUGUUAUUGUUGUGUUAAUUUAAGAAAUAGAUUUAAUUCGAUAUGAAAUAAUCUUUAAAUAAAUAUUGGUUGUUUCAUUGUAACAUCUGAACCCCAAAAUUGUACUGAUAUGUAUAUCUCCCCAUAACUCUUAUUUGAAGAAAGAAAAUGUAAAAUAUCUGUAUAUUUCCAUUUUUAUUGUACUUCUAUUUCAGUAUGUCCAUGCUAUUGAACCUGUAUAAAAUACCAGUGAUUUCCCUCUUCUACACCACCCCUAGAACACAUUGAGCUCUCUAGGCAGUGCAGAUACCAUCAUUAUACAGUGAAAUGUGUGAUUAUAGAAAGGGGUUUUGCAUGAAUAGCAUUACAUUUUAACUCCAA